GCUGGUAAUUGAACGUAAUAGGAAUUCUAGGCACUCGGCAUUAGCAAACGUCAACAAGAGCAAAUUGCACAUCACCGGAAAUAGUUACAAUAUAAUAAUAUUUAGUGUAUAGUAUACACAAAAUGGAAUACAAGUGGGAGCUAUCGGAGGUUUCAGGUUGGUUCUGCCCGAAGGAAAACAUAGAGGUACCAGGCAAGGAGUCCUUAAGGCUAAAGCAGCAUCCGAAGCAGGAUGCCAAGGCCCAGAAGCUCCCGAACGUCCUGGUUGAAACUGGAUAUAAGUUUAAAAACGAAAAGAUAACUCUCAUACCCCAAUUUUUGCCACCACAGGCCUAUCGCUACAAGGACAUCUAUUCCAGCCGACAGGAUCAGCGUAUACAAAGAUGCAUUGAGCAAGAGCGCAAGCAGCGAGAGUUUCACAGCCGUCCUAUGCCCAAUUUCCGGCAGGUGCACGAGCGCCAGGCCAUGCGGACCGUGACGCACCGCAUUACCAUGCCCGUGACCCCCAAUGUUCUCCGAAAUUCCCUGGAGAUGGAGCUCAAGCGUCGCCAGCGUGAGCAGCAGCUGUUGCGCCAGCGCGAAGAGGAAGCCAAGCUACAGCGACAGCAGUCCUUGCGGGCCAAGCCCAUUCCGUCCAGCAGUCGCCAGCCUUUGAAGCCGGUGAAUCGCCAGUCGGUGAAGGUGGAACCCUUCAACCUAACCGCCGAGCAGCGUGUCCAGCAGCGACGAGUCUAUAAUAUCCAGAACUCCCACAUGCAGGAGAUGAAGCGCCGGGAGCUGGAGGAGCAGCGUCAGCGGGAGGAGCGAGAGGCCAACCACAGGCAGCGCCAGCUCACCACGUUCCGGGCUCGACCCAACCCAUUUGCAGGCACCGCACGUUGACCGGAGAAGGAGAUGCCUUCCUUCCUUCCUUUCUUUCUUUCUUUCUUUUCUUGUUUGUUUGGAUUUUUCGUUGCAAAUUUGUUUUGUUUGUUGUUUUUGUUCGA